AGGGUAUACGUUACCGCUAAGGAUUAGGUAAUGCCUUUUGGGAUCCGAAUUUAAGUUCUUUAAAAAGACUACGAUAGUUAUUGGAUAUAUUGACAGUUUGACAUGAAAUCGUAUUAGGUUUAAGUUUAAGUAUUUAACAUGAAUCCCCCGUGUGCAAGAUGCAAGAAGACGGUCUACCCCACGGAAAAGCUUUCGUGCUUGGACAAGACGUGGCACAAAUCCUGCUUCACGUGCGAGACAUGUAACCUCAAACUUACUAUGAAGACUUAUAAGGGGUACAACAAACUUCCAUACUGCAACACACACUACCCAACCACGAGAUUCACUGCUGUUUCAGACACACCGGAAAAUAAACGACUUGCCCAACAACAGAAAAAUCAAUCCGAAGUAGUAUACAGAAAGGACAAGAUGAACGCUCUAAAGGAUUUCACUCAGGUGGCAGAAACAGUAUCAAGCAGAACAGCGACCCAAGCCUCGAAACUUGCAUCUAACAUCAGCUACCAGACGGCGCCCCAUGAAGUCGGUCGUGACGGUCCAGUCCCCGUGGAAAAUAUUGUCAACAGAAGAGCGCCGCCAGGUAGCGCACCUGCGUAUUCUGCACCGCAACCACAACCACCUGCACCAGUAGUAGCGCAACCGCCACCUCCAGUACAAGCGAAGUCACCUACUACAACACCGAAGUACGUAGCUAUAUACGACUACGCCGCUGCUGACGACGACGAAGUCUCAAUACAAGAAGGCGAUAAGUUGAUUGAUGUGACGGUUAUAGACGAGGGGUGGAUGGAAGGAAGAAAUGCAAGAACAGGAGCUUACGGGAUGUUUCCGAGCAACUAUGUACAGAAAGUUUAACAGAUUUACCACAAAGCAAAACAGCGUGACACCUAAUGCUAUGAACUGCUCUGUAACUCGAUUAAAAUGACCCGCAACACAGAAUGGAAAAUGCUGACAAAAGUUUUUUACAUGCGCUCUACUCAAAUGAAGAAAUGGCACUUCAAAACUAUUCUACACAAUAUGUGAACUGCUAUUUACUCUUCGUAAGCAUGCAUACACAAAACGGGAAAUAGGCUUUUAAUGAUGUAUUUUGUUUGGUAUACAUCAAAACUGAGGCAAAAGUAAUCUCUAUGUAAAAGUUAUCCCAAAAUAUUUUUAUUUCGUGCAAAAUUUGAAGCAUUCCGUUUCUCGGUACAUUCCAACACAAAUCAUUCCAAGCGACAAAUACCAUUUAUACACCACACAUACAUAUUGCGUAUAUUUCUGCAUUUGCUACUAAAUUGUAAGAAUGUACAUGUCUUCGCUCGGUUUAAUAUUCCGUAUACUGCGGUUUUUAUUUAACUAACCUUCGCUUGGUUAAAAUACCUGCUGACGGACGGACGCUGCUUUUACUUACGUAAACUCCCCACUCGAAUUCGGCACAAAUUGCUAAUUUGUUACAGAUGUUCUAACCCUCAUUGACUCAAAUACAACCUGGUGACAGAAGCGAA